AAAAAAAAGAACUCCCCAAGUUCCUUCAUAUCCAGAAAAGGGCUUUCUGAGUCACUUUCCAACACAGAAUCUUCAGUGCCCAUGUUUUCCCACACAGACUCGUCCUCGGUGCCAAAAAGAACGACAGUGAUCCAGCAUUUCCUUGAAGAGCUCAAAGAGCCUGUGGAGGAGCAGAAGCCGUGGGUGCGAGGCCGUUGACACGACUUUGCAAUUACAGGAGCAAGACGGUUUAGUUAACAGUUCCCGGUGUUCUGUGUGCUAGAGUUUGGGUCAGGGAGAGAGACGACGGGGCAGGAAAGAUUACAAGGUCAAGGACAUUCGUUCUGGUCUGUCCAGAAUUUACAGGGUUUGAACUUUAUUCUCUAGUUGGCGUUAAAACACGGACAGGACCGUGACCGUCUUUUGCUUUAUUUGUGUUAGUGACCUCGAUCCUCCCAGCAAACCCGUGUGGUAGGUUCUGGGAUUUCCAUCUGUUAUGGAGGAAGCCGAGGUUUCAAAAGUGUAAGGGAACUUCCGAUUUUAUGCCCAUCAAGCAGGUGCACCAGGACUUGAGCUCACAGCUGCCAGGUUCUGUGAGCCCCUGUUUGUUCGCUUGCUUGUUUCUUUUUGGCCUCCUCGCCUGUCCUUCUUUCCGUGCCGGAAGGGCACCUCCCUGAGGACAGGGGCCAAGCCUGUGAACAGUCACGGGGGACUCCUGGGAUGUUUGUGGAAUGAAUGAAUGGCUGUUUCUUUCACGCAAAGUGACGUCAGUGGGUUGGCCUUGCCUCUGAUGUUCUCUCUCUGGGCCUCUCAGGGUGUUGCCUUUGCUGCGAAGGUACCGUUUUUGGUGUUCGCUUUUUCAGAAACACUGCAAUAUUGGAGUUUUAUGCUCUUACAGUUCAGCUGGGACGCUGACAGCAGGCUGGCCCACCGGCGGCAGACGAUUCUCCGGGAGAAGGGGAGAAGGUUAGCCAACCGGGGACCUGCCUACAUGUUUAAUGACCGCUCCACAAGCUUGUCGGCUGAGGAGGAACGGUUCCUAGAUGCCGCGGAGUACGGCAACAUCCCCGUGGUGAGGAAGAUGCUGGAGGAGUGUGUGUCGCUGAACGUCAACUGCGUGGACUACAUGGGCCAGAAUGCCCUGCAGCUGGCCGUGGCCAACGAGCACCUGGAGAUCACGGAGCUGCUUCUCAAGAAGGAAAACCUGGCUCGCGUCGGGGACGCCUUGCUCCUCGCCAUCAGUAAAGGCUACGUUCGGAUCGUGGAAGCCAUUCUCAGCCACCCGGCUUUCGCGGAGGGCAGGCGGCUAGCCACGAGCCCCAGCCAGUCCGAACUCCAGCAAGACGACUUCUACGCCUACGAUGAGGACGGCACGCGGUUCUCCCACGACGUCACGCCCAUCAUCCUGGCCGCCCACUGCCAGGAGUACGAAAUCGUGCACACGCUCUUGCGGAAGGGGGCUCGGAUCGAACGGCCUCACGACUACUUCUGCAAGUGCGGCGAGUGCAGCCAGAAACAGAAGCACGACUCCUUCAGCCACUCCAGGUCCAGGAUCAACGCCUACAAGGGCCUGGCGAGCCCAGCUUACCUGUCGCUGUCCAGCGAGGACCCGGUCAUGACCGCUUUGGAGCUGAGCAAUGAGCUGGCAGUGUUGGCCAACAUUGAGAAGGAGUUCAAGAAUGACUACAAAAAGCUGUCAAUGCAGUGCAAAGACUUUGUCGUUGGACUUCUUGAUCUGUGCAGAAAUACGGAAGAAGUAGAGGCCAUCCUGAAUGGGGACGCUGAUGUGCGCCACAGUGGGGGAGAUCACGCUCGUCCAAAUCUCAGCCGCUUAAAACUUGCCAUUAAAUACGAAGUAAAAAAAUUUGUAGCUCAUCCAAACUGUCAGCAGCAGCUUCUGUCCAUUUGGUAUGAGAACCUGUCCGGUCUACGGCAGCAGACGAUGGCGGUGAAGUUUCUGGUGGUCCUCGCGGUGGCCGUGGGAUUGCCCUUCCUGGCCCUCAUCUACUGGUUUGCCCCGUGCAGCAAGAUGGGGAAGAUUAUGCGGGGACCGUUCAUGAAGUUCGUGGCACACGCUGCCUCCUUCACCAUCUUCCUGGGAUUGCUCGUCAUGAAUGCGGCUGACAGAUUCGAAGGCACCACACUCCGUCCCAAUGAGACCAGCACGGAUAACGCGAAACAGCUGUUCAGGAUGAAGACCUCCUGCUUCUCGUGGAUGGAGAUGCUUAUUAUCUCCUGGGUCGUAGGCAUGAUAUGGGCCGAAUGUAAAGAGAUUUGGACAGAAGGCCCCAAGGAGUACUUGUUUGAGUUGUGGAACAUGCUUGACUUUGGUAUGUUGGCCAUCUUUGCGGCAUCGUUCAUUGCAAGAUUCAUGGCAUUUUGGCAUGCUUCCAAAGCCCAGCGCAUCAUUGAUGCAAAUGAUACUCUGAAGGACUUGACCAAAGUCACAUUGGGAGACAAUGUGAAAUAUUACAAUUUGGCCAGGAUCAAGUGGGACCCUUCUGAUCCUCAAAUCAUAUCUGAAGGUCUUUAUGCAAUUGCCGUAGUUCUGAGUUUCUCAAGAAUAGCUUAUAUUUUACCAGCCAACGAGAGCUUCGGACCUCUGCAGAUCUCACUGGGGCGAACAGUGAAGGACAUCUUCAAGUUCAUGGUCAUCUUCAUCAUGGUGUUUGUGGCCUUCAUGAUCGGGAUGUUCAACCUCUACUCGUACUACAUUGGGGCAAAGCAAAACGAAGCUUUCACCACAGUGGAGGAGAGCUUUAAGACCCUGUUCUGGGCUAUCUUUGGACUUUCUGAAGUGAAGUCGGUGGUCAUCAACUACAAUCACAAGUUUAUUGAAAACAUCGGUUAUGUUCUCUAUGGAGUCUAUAAUGUCACGAUGGUCAUUGUUUUGCUCAAUAUGCUCAUUGCAAUGAUCAACAGUUCAUUCCAGGAAAUUGAGGACGAUGCUGAUGUGGAAUGGAAGUUUGCAAGGGCCAAACUUUGGUUUUCCUACUUUGAGGAGGGAAGAACUCUACCUGUUCCUUUCAACCUGGUGCCAAGUCCAAAGUCCCUGUUUUAUCUCUUACUGAGACUUAAAAAGUGGAUUUCUGAGAUGUUCCAGGGCCGUAAGAAAGGUUUCCAGGAGGAUGCGGAGAUGAACAAGAGGAAUGAAGAAAAGAAAUUUGGGAUUUUGGGAAGUCACGAAGACCUUUCAAAAUUACCACUGGACAAAAAACAGCUUGGGCAUAGUAAGCAAUCAAGUGUGCGGAGCUCGGAAGAUUUCCAGCUGAACAGUUUCAGCGGCCCUCCCAGGCAGUAUCAGAAAAUUAUGAAGAGGCUCAUUAAAAGAUACGUGCUACAAGCCCAGGUCGAUAAGGAGAGUGACGAAGUGAACGAAGGGGAACUGAAGGAAAUUAAGCAGGACAUCUCAAGCCUCCGCUAUGAACUCCUUGAAGAAAAGACUCAGAAUUCAGAAGACCUAGCAGAACUUAUUAGAAAACUUGAGGAGAAAUUAUCAAUGGAACCAAAUCAAGAGGAAAGCAAUAGAUAAUGCAAAGGCAUCCUUUAAAAAUCAUAUUUAUUUGUCCUCUUGAAGCCAUAUUAUUUUCCAAUUUAUUUUUUUAAGUGCCAGUGUGAACACCUUUUAAACAAGAAAAUGUCCAAAGAUAACUUGGAUCAUCCAAUUAUCCAAAACCCCAAUAUUUAAUAUUUUUGGUGAUUGAAUUUCAUUGUUCAGGCUGAAGUUUGCCGAUUAUGAUGAAAAUUGUGCCUGGUGCUUGAUGCUUGUUUAUAUUAACUGCUUUCUGGGGUAUAACUAUUGUGAUUAUGUGAUUCCGUGUUGUGUCUGCUUGGGGACACUUCCCGUACAGCAUUUCUCCUGAAGGUGGUUUCAGGUAACUUCUUGCCUGCUUUAUGGGUCCCCUGAUGGUGACUUCCAGCCCUGAAACCUGGGGAAGGAUAUCUGUGGGUAUUUGGAGAAUGCUGUUGAAUCAUCUACUCUGCUUGUCCCCCAUAGAAUGUGACUGGUAAUAUCUGUGCAAAAUGCGAUUAAAUCUUUCCUGAGCUUUUGGAUUCA